UUUUUAUUUCUAACAAAUAAUGUUUAUAUUAAAUAAUUUUAAAAAUGAUAAUUAUUUGAGGCAAUGUUUCUAUUUGGCUAUUAAAAUUCAUAAAUAAUUCCAUAAAAUUAAAUUCACCAUGGAGACCUGCAAUCCUCACCUCAUGAAGCAGUUCAUGAAAUACUUGGAAUCUUGCAAAAAUCCGGACGAUUUGUUUUUAGACAAUACGAGAAACCGGUUACUUGCACGUUUAUGGAUGGAGAAACUAUGUGGGUAUUAUUGUGAACAUGUUGAGGACCAACUCCUUCGUAAUAAGUACAUGUGGAAUUUUGUACAAUGUGUUAACAAGGAAACACUGUCGGGUCCAUUUUUGGUAAAACCUCCCGAAGGCAAAUUAUCCCGUGAUUAUUUUGAACAUAUGAAAAAUGAGAAUGAUUUUAAUAAAGAACUGCGGAGUGAAGGAAGUAGUUCCGCAUUUACCCGUGAAUCAUCACAACAAAAUGUUAUUGCUGCUUUACAUGAAUUGGAUAUGAAGACUCUUGAGAAAUCGAUAAAACAACAUAUAGUAAAAAAAAUUAAUAAAAUAAGUGAAGAUCCAGAAUGGACAACUAAUAUAAUUAAUCUGCUUGGAGCUAUAUCGGCCGAAUUAAAAGGAGAAAGUACUCAACGGAAUAAGGAACAUUUGGAGAAUGAAUUGGAAAGAUAUAGAAAUUUUAUAAAGGACUAUCCCGAUGUAGAAGCGCAAUAUAACAAACAGAGUGAUGUUUCACGACGUUCAUUUCUUUUAGUUCAUUUUCAAAAGGAUUUAGUUAGGUUGCUAUAUCAUGACGAUUGAAAGUGCAUAUAUGUAUUAGAAAAAAAAUGUAAGCUCUUCUUUGGUGAAUGCAGAAUAUUUAAUUUAAUUCA